AUGGGUUCAAAAUGGAUGGCUACAGCCAUGCUAACAUGGCUGCUUGCUGCAGAUUCAGUCCACGGUCUUCCGAGGUUCGACGGUACUGCCACUGACAUCUUGAAGCUGUCUGCGACUCAGCCCGAAACUGCGUUCAAGACUCAAUACCCGCCCAAGAACGAGAGAGUAGCAAUCGCUCCUGAUCGCCCGAUCUAUCGUACGGCGUUGCAAAAUCAGGGUCAUUCUUCGCAACCUCCUUUACCGCAGGUUGCACCCCUAGCGUAUGAGGAGCCUAAGUUCGACAUUGGCAGCUACCUCAGUGGUCUCAAAGAUUUCUUGGACUCUGGUUCUAGCUCUGCCUCAGUGCCUGUUGAGCAGCCUAAGAAUUCGCCAGCUGCAUCUGCCGUAUCGACAUCAUCGGCAGUGCCAGUUGCGCCCUCGGAGACAUCGAGCCCUAAUCCCGAACCAGGGACUACUACAGAGCCUGUGACUACUUCUGUUGAACCAGUCGCCCCUGUCGGGCCUGUCAGUACGUCAGUUGAACCUAUCGAGCCGGUCACCACGCCUGCCGAGUCGGCAAUCACGCCCAUAGAAUCAAUCACGACGCCUACAGAGUCGGCUACGACGCUUGAAGAGUUGACCACUUCUCCUACAGAGUCGACCACUUCUCCUAUAGAGUCGACUACUUCUCCUGCAGAGUCGACUACUUCUCCUACAGAGUCAACCACUUCUCCUGCAGAGUUAGCUACGACGCCUAUAGAGUCGACCACUUCUCCUAUAGAGUCGGCUAUUCCUACAGAGUUAACCACUUCUCCUAUAGAGUCGACCACUUCUCCUAUAGAGUCGACCACUUCUCCUAUAGAGUCGACCACUUCUCCUAUAGAGUCGACCACUUCUCCUAUAGAGUCGACCACUUCUCCUACAGAGUCGACCACUUCUCCUAUAGAGUCGACCACUUCUCCUACAGAGUCGACCACUUCUCCUACAGAGUCGACCAAUUCUCCUAUAGAGUCGGCUAUUCCUAUAGAGUUAACCAGUUCUCCUACAGAGUCGACCACUUCUCCUACAGAGUCGACCACUUCUCCUACAGACUCGACCACUUCUCCUACAGAGUCGACCACUUCUCCUACAGAGUCGACCAAUUCUCCUAUAGAGUUGACCACUACCCCUAUAGAGUCGACCACCACGCCUGUGGAGUCGACCACUACGCCUCUGGAGCCGAGUUCGUCUUCCGCAAUCGAAACAGAUCUCCCCACAGCAGGGGCUACAGCAGAUCAACCACAAAGCAUGAACAGCCAGGAUAUCUUCCAGCCUGUUGCGACUAACGCUCCACCGGCGAACAUCAUGGUCCGCCAUGACCACCCGGUCCAGAACCAGCAUGCCAACACCACGGCUCCUAUCGAAACCAACAAGUUCUAUGCAGGAUUUAUUCUGGGAUCGCAGACCAAUGCUAGUUUCACUCAGCCUUACUCCAUUGCCUGGUCUCGCGGAGCUGGAACUCUGAAUAGCUGGGGCAUGUCAGUCUCCCACCUCGAAGAGAACUUGUUGGCUUUUGGCCCCAAGAACGAUAAGGUACCCGGUGAACCUGUUGAGUACUACAUCAACCCUGUCGGUCUUCAGCACAUCAUUCUGUCAGCAACUGAACUCGAUGAGUCAAGCACCAUGAGCGUCGAUGACCCCAAGGCAUUCUCCGCCCAUGCAGUUUUAAGGCGCUCUGGUGGAUCUGUCCAGGAGAUAAGAUUCCCCGUGGUUCAGGGCAUGGGCUACGUGACCGGUGUCUACACAGACCUUCAACCCGUCAUCGAGAGUGGUGUCUUCUUCCGACAGGUCGUCAAUGCUGACUCCCCUAAGCCGGGUAUUUACAAAUAUGUAGCAACUCUUGAAGACGACACUGUCUGGAUCCUCUAUGUCGCACCCAAUGAUGGGGAAGAUCCUGAAAUGAAGCUUGUCUCCUCAACUGCUCUCCUGAGUCGGGCGAAAAAAUUCUAUGACAACUCUGCUGGUGUCUAUGCCAUUGCUGGCCAGGUCGAGGGCUCCGUCACUGGUGAUGUUGGUACUUACAGCCUGUCGUGGACCAAGGCUGGAACCCACGCCGAUGACUCUCCUCUCAUCAUGUUCGCGCUGCCUCACCACGUUGACUCGUUCGACGGCGACACGGCUGAUCGCAAGACUGACAUCCACUUGCGGACUACCACCAAGGGUACCGCAACCGCCGUGAUUGGAGAGACUUGGACCAUGACUGAGCCCAAUCUCCCCAUCGACAUGGGCUUCGCACCAUGGACCACCACUGAGGGCAGCGUGCACACGCUCUCUCCAGCCGUCCAACAGGCUAUCCUUGAAAUCGCCCCGACUGAACUCGAGCAGGACAUUGAAGAACAAAGCAAUUUGAAUAGCAUGUACUACAGUGGCAAGGCGCUGAGCAAGUUCGCUACCCUAAUCUACACUGUCAACCAGCUUGGUAACAAUGUCGACAUGGGUAUCGAGGCCUUCCAUAAUCUCAAAACAUCCUAUGCUCGCUUUACGGAAAACCAGCAGCAAUACCCGCUAGCCUACGACUCCGUCUGGAAAGGUGUCGUCUCCACUGCCGGUUACGACGGCGAUUUGAACCAGGAUUUCGGAAACACUGCUUACAACGACCACCACUUUCAUUACGGCUACUUCAUCCACGCGGCUGCCAUCAUCGGAGCCCUCGAUUCCGAUUGGCUCGAGGAUAACAAAGACUAUGUGAAUAUGCUCGUCCGUGAUGCCGGAAACUCCAUCGAGAAUGACGCAUAUUUCCCCUUCUCUCGUGGCUUUGACUGGUACAACGGCCACUCCUGGGCCAAGGGUCUCUUCGAGUCGUACGAUGGCAAGGAUCAAGAGUCCACUUCCGAGGAUACUAUGUUCGCCUAUGCCAUCAAGAUGUGGGGUCAAACUACUGGAGAUACCAGCAUGGAAGCUCGAGGAAACAUGAUGCUGGGCAUUCUUCGCCGCUCCCUUGAUAGUUACUUCCUCAUGCAGGAUAACAACCAGAACCAGCCCGCGAACUUUGUUGGCAAUCGGGUUACUGGUAUCCUCUUCGAGAACAAGGUCGACCACACCACUUACUUCGGUAACAACCCUGAAUUCAUCCAAGGAAUCCACAUGCUACCUCUUCUUCCCCACACUGCGUACACCCGCCAGAAGGAGUUCGUGCGCCAGGAGUGGGAAUCCUACUUCUCCGCUGACGCCUCCUCCCCUGCUGCCAACGUCGAUGGUGGGUGGAGGGGUAUUCUUUACGCCAAUCUUGCCCUGAUCGAUCCUCAAGCCGCGUGGGAUUUCUUCGCCGCCGAUGAUUUCGAUUACAAUUUCGUCGAUGGCGGUGCCACGAGAACCUGGUACAUGGCUUUCGCAGCAGGUCUUGGCGGAGGCUCUCUCAGCAGUGAUUAG